AUGUUAGCCAAAGAUCAGCUCUAUUAUUUUGUAGACAUUCAAGAGCACACAUACGAUUUAAAAACUCUAAGCAAUACAUUCUUUCCUCACAGUAAUAUCAAUUUGUUAAAUAUACCGUCGAGUCUGGGAGUGAGGCCGAAACAAGUAGAAUCCUUAAUCAAUGAGGGUGUUCAUAAUGCACUGGAGAGGCCUGUUCCCGAGACUUUCUUUUGUGGCCUCCUGAAGAAACCUCUCAGCAAACGAGAUCAUUAUAUGGAAGCUUUCCUUAAUUUACUUCCUCAAGUGGCUACAGUUAUUCGAGAAGGAAGAGAAAUCGAGAUUGAUACUCAGCAUAUCGUAUAUGGAGAUUUGAUCAUACUCAAGGAGGGAGAAACGUGCCCUGCCGAUUGUAGAAUUAUAUGGAUUCAGGACGAAUUGUUGGUCGAUGUCUCAGUCAUUCGAGGUAAGGCAUCGGAGCCAGUGUCUUGCACCACGUACCUGACCGAUACACUGCCGUUGAAAACACACAAUCUCAUAUUCGCAGGAAGUAAAAUCUUGAAAGGGAAAGGUAUUGGUCUUGCCAUUGCAGUGGGAGAGAGACGUGUACAGAUUCGAAUUGUCGAUUAUGUUCUGGGAAAGGAGAUGGGAGUGAAAAUUGUUCAGCCCACUUCCGUACCACUCGUGAGACCUCAAUCACAGCCCAAUCUCAAACGAACCUCCUUUACAUCCGAUCGGUCGGAUACGAGUGUGUCGAGUGCAGGCGGUGUGAUACGGAGAGGUUCAUUCAGUGGUGAACGGAAAUCGAUGGAGAGAAGAUCAUCCAUGGAUCGAAAACCAUUGGAUCGAAAGUCCAUGGAUCGACGGUCGGUGAAGGAGCAAGGUUCUGCACAGACCUAUAGUAGACGAUCCUCGUCUUUUUCAAAGGUACCUUACAUUUCGUCAUCAUCUUCGCCCUCAAAGAUUACUUCACCAAGAAACAAGAGUCUCUUCCAACCAACAACACCCACCAGAUUUUAA